AUGGUCGUCACUGGCGGAGCAAUGGGACUCCACGACCUGGACUGGAUCAAGACUCAUCUACCUGACGACAGAUCGGUAGCCGUGAACGACAUCUCUUCGGGACUGUGCUGCAUCGGACUGUGGGGACCAAGAGCACGCGAUCUGCUAAGUCGCGUAUGCGACGAUGACGUGUCCAACUCCGGCUUCCCAUACAUGACCUCAAAGUCCAUUACGAUUGCCGAGGUCCCAUCACUGGCCCUGCGCAUCUCAUACGUAGGUGAGCUCGGUUGGGAGAUUUACACCUCUGCCGAACAGGGCCUGCGGUUGUGGGACGUUCUCUGGGAGGCGGGCCAGCCACUCGGUGUAGUCGCCGCCGGCGGAGGGGCAUUUGACUCGUUGCGCCUGGAAAAAGGAUACCGGUUGUGGGGCAACGACAUCCACACCGAAUACAGCCCAUAUGAGGCAGGCACUGGAUUCGCGGUGAGAAUGCGAAAGGGAGCUUUUGUCGGAAGGGACGCACUCGGGGAAGUUCGAGCAAAGGGCCCGGAGCGCAAGUUGUGCUGCUUGACUUUGGAUGAUUCCGACGCUGUCGUAAUGGGAAAGGAGCCAAUACUGGACGGUGACGAGGUGCUUGGGAGACCCGGCAGAAGAGACGGCGACUCUGACAUAGAGAUCCCAGUCCCUGAAGAUCUCACAUCAGUCCCCGGCAUUCCUCUGAAGCCAGUUGACGUUGCUUUCUACAGCAGAGAGCAUCCCCUGGAGUCGCAGGCCGUUGACAAGUCUGCCGAUCGUCAGUGGGCUGUGGUGACGCAGUCGAGCGACCUCGAUGAGUUCAGGGCCGGCCACGACGCUCGGAUGAAGCCGAUGUACGAAGAGGGGCUGAUGUCCGGCGACGUCGAGCCGACCGGUGCGCCGGUCGCUGGUGAAGACCUGACGGAGGACAUUCGGCAGUUUGCGCGAGAGCUGGGAUUCGGCGAGGUAGGUUUCACGAGGCAUGACCGCCACUAUACGUUCUCAGGCAAGAAGCGCUGGGCGAAGUUCGAGCACGCCGUCUGUCUGGCUUACGAGCAGGACUACCGAAUGACGCAGACAGGUCCUGGUCCUGAGGCCGACCAGGCGCGAUUCGAGACCUACGAGGACGAGCAGGCGGGCUGCCUAAACUUGGCGGAGUACAUAAGGUCGAGAGGUUACCGCGCGCAGGUCCACGAUGGAUACGAUUGCAGCGGUCCUUACAUACCGCUAUUCGUCGCCGCCGGACUGGGACAGCUCGGCGCGAACGGACAGCUCCUGUCGCCUCAUUUCGGAUCGCGCUCCCGUCUGAUGCUGGUCACCACCGACGCGCCUGUCACAUACGACAAGCCCGCAGACUACGGCAUCCACAAUUUCUGCCAGGAAUGCCAAGUCUGUGUGAACAGGUGCCCGGGUCGAGCGCUAACGCGUGACAAGGUCUGGUGGCGCGGAGCUGAGAAGAACAAGCUCAUCUACGAACGGUGCCGCCCAGUCAUGGUUACUUACCACGGGUGCGCGGUCUGCAUGAUUGUCUGCCCGAUCCAGAGGUACGGAAUGAAGCCGGUUAUGGAGCACUACGUAGAGACCGGAGAAGUGCUCGGUAAGGGCACCGAAAACCUGGAAGGGUACUCAAUGAAGGGCGAGGGACACUUCGGUCCGGGUGAGCUACCCCACUUCGACAGGGAGUUCUUCGACUUUCCCCAAGGACGUGAGGAAGACUGGCUGUUCGAGAUGUUCAAGGAGAAGCUCCGCUCGACAGGUGUUCCCGACGAAUCGGAAUUGGUUGAAUUCGCGACCGAUGUCAGGGAAAGUGUUGGACAAGGGCGAGACGACCUACGACAUCGCAUGAGACAUGUCGUUAGCCGUCGGACAAUGGAGGCUCGAUUGCAAACGUAUGCCGAAUCGUUGAAGUCCGGCAAGUUCGUGGUUACCACCGAGCUUAACCCUCCCAAGGGCACAGACCUGGGUAGGCUGUUAAAGCAUGCCGAGUCCCUUAGCGGCAUGGUAGACGCCUUCAACCUGACCGACUCUCCAGGUGCAAACAUGACCAUGGCGCCCAUCGCUGCCGCCCAUCUCAUGCUCGACCGCGGCAUUGAGCCUAUCUUGCAGAUUACCGGCCGUGACCGCAAUCGCAUUGCCCUCGAAGGUGAGGUCCUUGCCGCAGCCGCGCUGGGGAUAUCCAACAUUCUCUGCAUGAGCGGAGACCCCCCCGGACGCGGUGAUCACCCAGACGCCGUGGGAGUCUUCGACCUCAAGGCUGAGACACUCCUUGAAGCAGUCAAGGCUAUGAAUGCGGGUGCCGACAUGUACGGCAACGAACUAAGAGGAUCACCAUCCAUCCUUGCCGGUGCCGUAGCCAACCCUGGUGCCGACGACCUGGACACAGAGCUAUCCCGCAUGGAGGAGAAGGUGCGCAUGGGCGCGUCCUUCUUUCAGACGCAGGCAGUCUUCGACGCUGUGACAUUUGAGACUUUUUAUGGACACGGCACGAGGCUUCGGAGUCCCUGUCCUGGCCGGCAUGAUCGUCCUGAAAUCGGCUCGCAUGGCUCGGUUUCUGAACGACAAUCUACCCGGCGUAUCAGUUCCUGCGAGCGUCAUUGA